GCCGGGCAGCUUUACUACUAGGAAACAUUACUACCUCAUCGUCCUUUUAAUUGGCAGCUGACUACAUUAUUAGUGUAUUAUACCCGCAGAAGUCUUUAAAUUGCUGUGUAAAACAAAUUUAAAUUGGUGUAUGAGCAAGAGCAGAAUUUACAAUGUCGAGAAUUAUCAGAGUGGGCGUGCUGACGGUGAGCGACCGCUGCUCCAGUGGCUCGGCAGUUGAUGAAAGUGGUUGUAAUCUUCAGGGUUUGGUUGACAGUGGCGAACUUUUUAAUGGAGAGGUUUGCAAAUAUUUGUGUGUUGAAGAUAAUGCUACCUUAAUCAAGGAAGUCCUGGAACAGUGGUGCGAUGAUGAAAAGUUGCAACUUAUUUUGACUACAGGUGGGACAGGGCUGGCUUUUCGUGAUGUAACGCCUGAGGCUGUUAAAGAGGUUAUUAAACGAGAGGUACCUGGAAUGUCGCUGUACAUGCUGAUGGAGUCCCUCUUGGUUACACCACUAGCCAUGUUGUCCAGGCCUGUUUGUGGCUGCAGAGACCAGACAUUGAUUAUAACUUUGCCAGGAAGCAAGAAGGGGUCGGAAGAAUGCUUAAGGUUUGUGGCACCUGCUAUAUCGCAUGCUGUUGAUGUGCUCAUGGGUUGGAAUGUACAAGUAGAAAAGACUCAUGAUGUACUGAAAGCACAGGGCACUGUAAAGUCUGCUAGUACUCAAACUUCUGGCACACUUAAAGGGCAUGCUGAUCAUAAACCCUCGAAAGCAGAUGUUACUCGUAUUUGUACCAGAUGGAGGAAGUCUCCUUAUCCAAUGAUGGCCGUCUCUCAAGCUUUAGAGAUUGUACUUUCUAGAGCAGAAGUGUGUCCUAAUAUUAAAGUGAGAGUGGACAAGGCUCUAGGUUUUGUUCUGGCCAAAGACAUCUUUGCCAAAGAUUCACUGCCUCCUUUUCCAGCUUCUAUUAAAGAUGGCUAUGCUGUGCUGGCAUCUGAUGGUGCUGGUUUACGAAUUGUAGCCGACGACUCGACGGCAGGCUGCGAACCAAAGAAGUGCCAAGUGAGCAGUGGAGUGUGUGUGAGAGUAAACACUGGUGCACCAAUACCACCUGGAGCUGAUGCUGUAGUUCAGGUAGAAGACACAGAACUUGUAAAAGCAGGAGACGACAAUUGUACAGAGCUUGAAAUAAAGAUACUGAAAGCACCUACGCAGGGGCAAGAUAUUCGGCCGGUGGGUUGUGACAUUGCAACGGGACAAAAGAUUUUGGCUUCUGGCACACUUCUUGGACCCUCGGAGUUGGGACUCUUGGCAUCUGUGGGAGCGGUUGAAGUGCUUGUGGUUGGCAAGCCUACAGUUGCUGUACUUUCCACUGGUAAUGAACUUCAAGAACCAAAUGAGCCCCUUAUAUAUGGACACAUCCGUGACAGUAAUAGGGUCACUAUUAAGGCUCUGUUGCAGCAGUUUCAAUAUCCUGUCAUUGAUAUGGGCAUUGCAAAGGAUGAUCCAACAGCCCUGAUGAAAAAGAUGAAAUGUGCCCUUGCCCGUGUAGAUGUCUUGGUAACCAGUGGAGGAGUGUCAAUGGGCGAGCGUGAUAUAUUGCGGCCUGUGCUGGUCUCUGAUUUUAAUGCAGACAUCCAUUUUGCCCAGCUCUUCAUGAAACCAGGGAAGCCAACAACUUUUGCUACAUGUAUGUUUGAAGGCAAGAAGAAACUGAUUCUUGGACUUCCUGGUAAUCCAGUGUCUGCUGUUGUGACGUCUACUCUUUUCAUCUUGCCCUUAUGCCGCAAGAUGAGUGGCAGAAGUGCCUGUGAAAAUACAUGCAUGAGAGCAAAGUUGUCAGAAAUGGUAAAGCUUGACCCAAGGCCAGAGUACCACCGAGCUACUCUCACUUGGGUUCCUGGUGAAGACAUUCCUGUGGCUCACUCCACCGGCAACCAGUUGUCUUCUCGUCUCCUUUCCAUGGCGUCGGCUCAGGUUCUUCUUAAACUUCCAGCAGCAACUCCAGAAAGAGAGAGCUUGCCUGCAGGCACACUUGUUGAUGCAUUGCUGCUGUCACUCUAAAAUGGUUAAAAAUAUAUAUAUAUAAAUGUGGUAAGAAUUGUAUUUUGGUUGUUGGGAUGUACAAUAGUUUAUUAAAAUGUUUAAUAAAGUG